GGCGGAAGUUGUAGUCACGUUUUGGAUCCAGCAUGGCAUCAACGAGUAAGAGGAAGCUGGAGGACCUCAGCGUGGAUGAGUUCCUGACGUCAGGUUUCGAUUCAGGAGCCGAGGAAGACUCAGAGGAAGAGGCACCCAUCCGUCAGAAUGGAGAGAGCAAGAAACCGGCAAAGUCUAGUGGAGGAACGCAAGCCAAGAGUGAAAAGAAGAAGGGCCAGGCGUCCGAACACAAAGACCAGCUGUCCAGGCUGAAGAGCAAGGACCCCGAGUUCUACAAGUUCCUGGAGGAGAACGACCAGUCGCUGCUCAACUUCGACGACUCUGACAGCUCAGAGGAUGAGGAGGAGAGCAAGUACCACACACUGCCCAGCCACCUGGAGGAAGCCAGCUCCGACGAAGAGGAGGAAGAAAAAACAAAAGCGCCAAAAUCCAAAAAGGCGGCAGAAGUCAUCAAAGUGACCGAAAAAAUGGUAGAAGAGUGGAGAGCAGCCAUCAAGGAGGAGCCCAGCGCCCGCCUGUUCCGGGAGAUCACCCAGGCCUUCAAGGCCGCCGUGGCAACCACCAAAGGAGAAGCGGGCGACCCAUGCCGCUACAAGGUGGAGGACAGCUCAGUGUUCAACGCCCUGGUGCUGUUCUGCAUCAGAGACAUCUUCCCAGCCCUGCAGAAGAUGCUCAGCCUCAAGCCAGAGAAGGACCAGAAAAAACUGGUGCUGCCUUCAUCCAGCCCCAGGUGGCAGAAGGCCCAGCUGGACAUCAAGAUGUACCUCAGUGGUCUCGUUCAGCUCCUGUCCUGCCUCACAGAGUCCACAGUUGUCAGUGCGGUGCUGCGGCACGCUAACCAGAUGGUGCCGUAUUACCUGUGCCUGCCCAAGCAGUGCCGCCUCUUCCUCAAGCAAAUGAUCAAGCAGUGGAGCACAGGGGAGGAGACGGUGCGGGUGCUGGCCUUCCUUGCGCUCAACAAGAUCUGCCGCCACAAGCAGGACGUCUACCUCAACCCCAUCCUCAAGCAAAUGUACAUCGCCUACGUGAAGAACUGCAAGUUCACGUCGCCCAACGCCCUCCCCAUGAUUAACUUCAUGCAGCGCACGCUGGCGGAGAUGUACGCGUUGGACACACAGCUGUCCUACCAGCACGGCUUCAUCUACAUCCGGCAGCUGGCCAUCCACCUGCGCAACGCCAUGACCAUGAAGAAGAAGGAAACAUACCAGUCUGUGUAUAACUGGCAGUAUGUACACUGCCUGUACCUGUGGUGUCGGGUAUUGAGCACUCUGUACCCCAGCGAGGUCCUGGAGCCCCUCAUCUACCCGCUGUGCCAGGUCACCAUUGGCUGCAUCAAGCUGGUGCCCACGGUGCGGUACUUCCCGCUGAGGAUGCACUGCGUCCGAGCCCUCACCCUGCUCUCUGCCAGCACCAAGACCUUCAUGCCCGUCCUUCCCUUCCUCAUGGAGAUCUUGCAGCAGGUGGACUUCAACAAGAAGCCAGGCAGGAUGACCUCAAAGCCCAUUAACUUUGCAGUCAUUCUGAAGCUGAGUAACGCCAACCUGCAAGAGAAAGCCUUUCGGGACGGUCUGAUUGAGCAGCUGUAUGACCUACUGUUGGAGUACUUCCACACUCAGGCCUGCACCAUCGGCUUCCCAGAGCUUGCCUUGCCCACAGUCAUUCAGCUGAAAGCCUUCCUGAAGGAAUGCAAAGUGGCCAAUUACUGCAAGCAGAUCCGCCAGCUGCUGGAGAAGGUGCAGGAGAACUCCGCCCACAUCACAGCCCGGAGACAGAGGGCUGCCUUCGGGGUGGCUGACACCUCCGCUGUGGAGGCCUGGGAGAAGCAGACGGCCGAGGAGGGCACCCCCCUCACCAGGUACUACAGCCAGUGGAAGAAGCUCCGCGAGAAGGAGAUCCAGCUGGAGAUCUCCGGGAAGGAGAGAAUGGAAGACCUGGACUUCCCUGAGAUCAAACGCAAGAAGUUGCAGGAGAGGAAGGCGGACGACAAGAAAGAGUUUAAGGACCUCUUUGAGUCCGACAGCGACUCCGGCGAUGAAAGCGCGGGACUCAAAGUCAAAGGUAAACGGCGGGAGCGUGGCGACAGCGAGGACGAUGACGACCUGGACGACCUGUCAGACCUGAGCGAGGAAGACGAUGACGAGGGAGAGUACGAGGUGGAGGUGUCUUCAGGUGCCGAUGAUGAUGAUGAUGAUGAUGAUGAAGAGGAGGAUGAGGAUGAAGAGGAGGGGAGGAAGAAGCCUGCCAAGUCGAAGGGCAAGGCACCCGCCCAGCUGACGAAGUCGGACCUGAAGGAGCUGGCAGACGGGGACGAGGACAUGGUGGAGGACCUGGAGCUUUCAGAUGAUGACUGACCCCCCCCCUGGAGCCGAGGGGUGGAGGCGUCGCUCUUUUGGAGCCGGCCGCAGAGCCCGACCCUCACCGAAUUUCAGACUGAACUCUUUUUCAAUUCCCUGACAUCACGAGACCAACUUUUAUUAAGUCACUUUGCUUUCCCCUUUAUUUUG